AUGCGGGAAGUCAUCCGCGAGACUAGCAUCGGACAGAUCGCGCGCCUAGUCUUCGGCCGCAAGGAUCUGUUCCCUUACCCAGAGGAGCUCCCCUCGUUCCAACUCCCGGCGAGUUUAAGCGCCGGUGGUCCAACCGCGCUCCUGGACCGCAAGCUAGAGGAUGAGCUAAAGAAGCAAGAGGUGUUCACAUCCUGCGUAGAGCCGUCGGUCUUCUCUACGGGUACGGUGACGCCCUUUGAUGAGAAGGAUCUUGAGGCUGGUACCUCGCAGAUAUGGGAUAGCGGUUUGCCGAGCCCAGCAAUAGCCGGCAAUUCAACCCCUAAAGGCGGUGUGGCGUCCGUCCAGACUAUACCCGUAUCCGUCACUCCUGUACGCGAGCCUGUCAUAGUGGACUGGUACGGUACCACAGACCCGGCCAACCCUGUGAACUGGCCGUUCAGGAGAAAGUUAUUCAUCACUACGCAGAUGGGUUUAUACACAUUUGCCGUUUACAUAGGCUCCUCUUUAUAUGCUCCGGCAGAGGCAGAUGUAAUGGCCUCCUUCGGCGCGAGUUACGAAGUUGCUGCACUUGGUAUCGCGCUGUAUGUGUUUGGCUACGGGCUCGGGCCUCUUCUCUGGUCGCCGCUCUCCGAGAUGCCAGCAGUCGGACGCUCUGGUAUUUUCAUAGUGACAUUUUUCAUCUUCGUGAUGUUAGCACUUGGUGCCUCGCUAGUUAAUAGCCUGAGCGGUUUAUUCGUGCUUCGCUUUCUGCUGGGCUUCUUCGGGUCGCCUUGCCUUGCUGCAGCUGGUGCUACGCUUGACGACAUGUUCGUGGCGUGGAAACUGCCUUAUGUGCUGACAGUGUGGUCAUCGUCGGCGACGUUGGGGCCAGCAUUGGGGCCUAUCAUAUCCGGGUUUGCGGUAACGGAAAAGGGCUGGCGAUGGAGUGGAUGGGAACUCUUCUGGAUGGCGGCGCCUGUGUGGGUGCUCAUGUUCUUGACCCUGCCUGAGACGAACCCAGACACCAUCUUACACAGGAGGGUAAACCGGCUCCGAGUUCGUACGGGACGGGUUGAGCUGAUAAGCGAGGAGGAUCUUAAACGCGCCCAUAUGAGUGCGUUGCAAGAGGUUGUCUACGCCUUAAUCAAACCCUUUCAGAUCAAUGCGCUUGACCCUGCUAUCCUUUACACCACGUGUUACGCCGCAGUUCUUUACGCUACGUACUAUUCUUUCUUCGAGGCCUUUCCGAUAGUAUUCUCUGACAUGCACGGCUUUAAUCUUGGGGAGUCCGGCUUGCCAUUCCUGGCUUUUGUUCCGGGUCUGUUCAUUGCCGUGCUAGGCUAUAUUGGCUGGUUCCGACUCAAGGCAGAGUCUGUAAUGCGCCGGGAACCGCCACCUCUAUACGGGUUUCCCGAAGCAAGGUUGCUUCCGGGAGUAGCGACGACAUUUCUUGCCCCGAUUGGGUUGUUCAUUUUCGCGUGGACCUCGCGACCAGAUAUCCACUGGAUCGUGCCAAUCAUCGGUCUCACGAUUUUAUUUAUUUCUAUCUUCAUCGCAUUUCAGUGUAUGAGCUUCUAUAUUGCUCGGUGCUAUCCGAAAUACUCAGCCUCUCUGUUUGCUGCCAACACCUUCGCACGAAGCUCAUUCGCCGCUGGCUCCAUCUUAUUUUCCAGGCCCAUGUACCAAAAGCUUGGCGUAGGUGGAGGAGUAAGUCUGCUUGGGGGACUCUCAAUUGUGUGCGCCGUUGGUAUGAUCUGCUUGUACUUAUAUGGCGAUAGGUUAAGAGCUAGAAGCAGAUUUGCUCAGUCGUCUUAA